UAAGGCAACAUGAACAUGGACACGAUACUGGCACUGUGCAGGUCACAUUUUUCCCGGCCCUAGUCGUAGAAAUGCCUAUUCUUGUCUUCAAUAUGGACAAGAAUAGGUAAUGUUCAAUAAUUUGUGAGGUGGACAAACCGAUACCAUCCAUGUGUUGUCUGCAUUUUUUGCAGUUACCUAGACUUCAUUGGUUCAGCUUCUGAAUCACAAAAAUGCGGAUCGGAAGAGGGGCAAAAACACAAUCGUCUGCAUGAAGUCUUACAGACCUAUAUUCAACCUAGAUAUAUUUUAUACCUUUUACCUCUAUCCUCUAGAUGAAAUUAAAGAUUUCAUAUGGAAAAUCUCUCAGUAUGAAGAUCAUAAGGUGAGGAAGAUGUACAAAUACUUCAAAGAAGAUUUAGCCUUUAUUGUAGAAUCCAUGGACACGCACAGUCUUCUUUCUGAACUUGAGUCUCGGAAAAAUGCUUGGACAAAGACGCCAUGUGAAUUUCAGUCCUUUUUACAAAUGAAGACUGACCUUGGCCCCUCUACAUAUUCGGAGAAACUGGUGGAAGCAAUGUUACGCGCGGGGAAGAGAGGUGUAAUAGCUUUCUGGGAGAGCCUCUUUUCUGUAGAGUCUGCACGCUCACAUCCCAACUUGAUAACGCUACUGGAAGAGAUCAACCAUGCAGGCGAUAAUCUCAUAGAACAGAUCAUACUAGAUAAACACGGUCCACAUUUGUCUCCAGAACUUAAAGAUAUCCAGAAGCUUCAUAAGAAACAUCUGAAGCAGAAAAACCAGUAUUUAGUGGAACACAGGCCACCAGGGAGCAACCUGGAGUUACAAAGCUUUAACAUUAAUGAGCGCUAUGUAAACAUUGUUGUCGUCUCUAGUAAGCAAAGAAAGCUACAAUGUGAAAACGAGCUUGUAACGGCUGGGAUAAAACAUGAGGAACACAUGUAUGGAAAAAGAACUGCUGUGGAACGUAUUGUCCCGAACAAGCUAUUCCGGUGGUGUCAUCAAAUAGGACUGUAGCAUAUUUCCAUUUAUCCUGGAAUCAUGUAAAGAGACAGAGAGGCUUAAUCUAGAAUCAUGCGGCAUUCAAAAUGAGGGACUAGAA